CAAAUCUAGUGCAGAGUCAGUCCAUGUGUUGUCAUCUCGGAGAUAUGUUUGGCAGCCUGACCAAACGACGGUGGUCUCCGUCGGAAUACAUGUGCGCUUGUAUAUGAAACCACAGUAAAAUGGAAUGAUACAGUUUUAUCCGGGAAUACCUAGUAUUUCACACACCGUCCAGGGAUCUGUUUGAGGGCUCUUCCUUAUAUUAAUUACAGGAAUUGUUAUCAAGGCCUGGUGAGAUUCGUGGAAGCCGAUCUCAUGUCGCAGGUGGCUGUCGUGUCUUAGCGAUAGUCACCAAAAUAUUACACAACAUGCUCAAACAAAGGGGAGUAAAUAUAUAUGUACCAGAAUUUACAGCUGGACUGCAUAUAUUGGUAGAUACAAUACGGUACUUAUUUCGAGUGCCACACCUGGUAAAACCAGACGAAAAUAGUAACUUAGGCAAUCUGACCCAUAUGAAUACGUCACCCAACAGCCUCUAUUUGGCGCCAAGAGCACAGGAUCAGUACCAACCAAUAGUUUUACUGUUCAAGGCGACGUUAUCAAAUUGCUUUCACGCGAGUACCAGCUCUUUACUGUUAUGUUGCCAAGGCUCAUUUGCAUUGUCACGUGACAAAUCCGAUUGGAUGAUAAGUCACGUGCCCGCGUGCCCCAAUGCAGUGAUGUUUUUACUAUGAAUACUCGUAAUAGCUUGCCCCUGCUGUCAAAGCCCGACACAGCACAGGUGAAGUCACUCCCUCCCGCAGUUCGGUUUCCGCCUGUGUAUAUUUCAGCAAGCGAGCACGAGUUGACCGGAGUCCUUCUCGGUGGUAUAUUUCAUUCUCACGGACGGUUGUACAUUACACCACGAACAUCAAACAAAAUAUGCUCGCCGAUCGCGACGAUGAGGCUCGAUUGCAAUUGGCAACUCAGGUUUCCAUGGAGACACAGCAGAUGACUCCAUUAAUCAAGGAGGAGCUACGUCUGUCAAUCAUAAAGAAACGGCACGCGAGUGGUCAAGAAGACAUAAAGGUUGAAUUCAAAGAGGCAGAGAAGCAUGAGCUCACGGCACAUGAGAAACUGAAACGCGAGAGGCGGAAGGAGCAGAACAGAAGAGCCGCUCGUAGAUGUCGUGAGAAGAAGAAGUUGCAACAAUGCGGGAAAAGCCAGUUUUUCACGGACAUCAUUGACCAGAACAGUCAGCUUCACGCGCAGGUGAAGCGGCUCCGCAAGGAGAAGACCAGCCUCGAGGACAUACUCCAUGACCAUAUCUCGUCUGGCUGCUGUCGCCAGGUCAAACUGGAAAUCGAGGCUGACGCCGUAAACCCUAUCAUCAACGCUGCCUCUACCGUGCGCCCAGAUGGGGUUUACGGAAACGUAGGGACUGUUCCUGUUGUAAACGAAGGACCGCCUGAAAACGCUCUACCGUCGUUUUCCGAGACUUUCCUGGAAGCCGUUUCUCCAACAUCAGGAAACCAAGAUAUCUUCCAGUUCGCUUCCGCUAUUCCAGACAUGCGCACUGACAAUGUAACAACCAGAACAUGGUCUGGUGCCUCUGAUGACGUUACCCCUUCGGACACUCUACCGGAAGCCAUCUUCGACGCAAUGGAUCCUUCGGCCAAUGACGACGUGUUUUACGACAACGACCAGUUUGUGGCAAAGAAGACGACAGAUGCGACCCUAACUGAUCUGAUGGACACGUGGACCCAGGACCAGUUCAUCCUACAAGGGGAUACGUUCAUGGAUCUGAAUUCAUUAGAUCCGAACGAGCCGUGAGAAUCUUCGCAACGACCACAACGACCACUACCACACAGUGAACAGCCAACGACCAGACGUCGGGACACUCCUUGUCCGCUACUUCCCCAAUACACACACUUCCGGGGUACAGACUUCAAGUGUUCAGCCACCAACUCUCUCUCUGUUCCAUGUUGAUAACUUCCAUUUGUGAUACAACACCUUACGGCGUUUGUUAUAUAUAUUGACAAUACAUCACAAUGGAUUCAUAUGUUUUUCCAAGACGGACACGAAUGGUGUUAUCAGCAAUGGGAAGAGGUAUUCUGGGUUAAAACAAUCGAUUACCUACUGUAUCAUACAAGCGGUAACGUACAAUUGUUUCAAAGAGUCAGUUUCAAGCCAUCAACAAAUUGACAUUUAACAAGGCGAAGUUUACAACAAUUUUUGUUCUUUCUCAACCCUAUAUCGCGAGUCGCGCUUUUGUAAAUAUUAUUCCCUUGAAAAUCGCCCAUUCUUGACAAAUCCAUUCCAUUCACAAUUGUUAUUCUCGCCUACAUUAAUCAGCAUUCAUCCGAUCUGAUAGUUCGUAUGGGUCACAGCGCACAAAUUCUAAAUACAGGUAAAUCAAAGCAUUUCUUGGUUUUCAUUUGUGCACGUUUAAAACAUCACCGCUACCAAACAGCCAGUAUUUACAUCGCCAUAAGUCAAAACAGUUCACAAAACCAUUCCGAACUAAAAUUCACUCCAUGUCAAGUAUCAACACUGCAUAUUUCCUGUACCACGCAGUAUGUAUAUUACAGGCCGCUUUACACUAAGGUGGUGUCGAUGUGACUGGGACUUUUUGUAAAGAAAUCGUUCAAGAGCAAAAUGAAAAAACGAGGGCAAUUUUUUGUUUUGAGGCUUUUUACCCAGAACAAUAAAUUGUUCGUUUCACAAUUUGGAUGUUCUGAAAAAUAUGUGUUGUCAAAACUAAACUAUUGAAAUGCCAGGCCCAGCUGUAGGCGGCCCUGUAGUGCUGUAUCGUCAUCAGAUGUAUGUGAUAUGUAUCGCAUAUAUCCUAUAUGUGUACAUAGGCUUUGUAAUCAGUGUAAUGUGAGAUGUCGAUAUGUUGUAAACUACACAAGAAGAUACCCGAAAUGUGUUCAACCAUAGAUUCAACUUCAUUUCACUUUUCUAAACACCGUCUUUUGAGAAUAAAUCGUAUAUUGAAUAUAAUAAUCCAUGUAUCAAGAUCUCAAAAACGAAAUGUGUUCAUUUUUAUAUGUAUUCACAACACUACUAGUCGUCAGCAUAUUGAACGUUUCAUCCCGAUUUCAAAACCAAUCAAACUUUGUAAUAAUAAGUUAGUGAGGUUUCCAUUAUGUUGUGUUGAGCGAACGACAACGAUUAACAUACCAUAUAGCAUUCGUGAUCAAUAUUGUACCAAGUGAUUAAUAUUGUACCAAGUGAUGAAUAUUGUACCAAGUGAUGAAUGCAACCCAUCGUCUUGAGGGUAAUCCGUAGCACUAGUCCCGUUUGCAACAUGGAAAAUGUGGAUUUUGUCUAUGAAAUCUUUAUGCAAUGUAAUUUCAAUGGGAAUUAUUUUAGAUAUAAUUUUUGUAUAUGCAGAUAUAUUUACAACAAUCUCAUGCGAAUAUCCACGAUGAAGUGACCGGCUAUUUAUUGUAUAUUGUUUAGUAUUUUGUCACAAUGAUUUUGCUUCCUAAAUGUAUUGAUAUUGUCUUCACCAAGUGCUCUGUCGCUGUAUAUUUCAUUAGUGUAAGCUUUACAAAUCUGUCUAUAUUUGUUUUACAAAUCAAUAUCUCAUUUCCAUUUUUUGUUUUAAAUUUUAUGAAAUGGUAAAUAUUUUCUUACCAGCAUUAAAAAUAAAAUUUGGAAAAUACAGA